GCGCCAUCUGUGCGGAACGUCAGGUGCACAUCAAAAGCUGUGCGACUUCCGGUGGUCUUGGAGUACGUGAAGAAUCCCGUCCAGUUCCCCGUGUUGUGCAUGAUGUCAUCCUACAGGAUAAGGCUAUUAAGCGACUCGGAUACUUUACCAAAUCCAUCCGCUAUCAGCCCUCGCCAUGGCUUCCCAUAAAAAGAAGAAGAGAGAAACACCAAAGCUGAACACGGAAAAGUCUAAACCGACUUUCCAAUCUCAUGUUACUGUGACUGUUUGUACGAUGGCGUUCGUUGCUAUUGUUAUCGGAGUUUUCCUCGCAACUCCUUACUCACGACAACAAGCAAGACAAAAUACAAACGUCUCAAAAACCACUUCAAAUGCAAAGUCCUCGAGAUGCUCACGGGGGGAGGGGAAAGAAGAGAUACCGAAUACUACCAUACCCAUUCGGGAUGAGAAACGUGUGGACGUGGGAAAAGAGCAGGCGCGGAGUUAUGAAGAUCGCUAUAAACACUUCAAAACCCUCCCCCGCCUACAGGGAGUCAAGGUUGGUCAUGUUCAACAAAUGGAGCUGGUGCCUGGAAAACUCUAUCAGGUCCACACGAGAAGUCUACAUCCGCCCAUUUUUGAAAUCCCAGAAUUCCUGUCGGACGCCGAGUGCCAACAGAUCAUAGACCAGAGUGUCCGCCAGGGAAUGGACACUAGUGAGGUUCAAGACCCAGAGAUCGGCAUGAAAAUAGAGGCGACGACUGAAGAGACGUAUAGAGAGUGGGACUAUGACGGUGAUGGUGUAAUUAGCGUGACGGAGAUAAUGCACAAUCUUGUUGACCUGAGUGAUCUGUAUUUUUCGGAAGACGACGUGAAAACCAUGUUCAGGGAUCUCAAUAUUGAUAAAAACGGAAACGGUGUGAUGGAUCUGAAUGAGUUCUUGCUCGUCACAACUGAUGGAAUCAUGCGAUAUCUGCAUGAGAUGGCUAAGGGCUUGCCUCGAGUGAAGAGCAGACACAGUCGGCAAACAUGGGUGGACCAUAGGGCGAUACGAGGGCUUAAUCAGAGGGUUGCGGCCUUGCUGAAACUUCCUUUGUCGGUGAUCGAAGGCAGCGAGAGGCUACAGGUGGUGAGUUACGGAGCUGAGGGUCACUAUCACUGCCACCACGACUCACAGGAUAUAGAGGACCAUGUGCCAUGCUGCGUUGAACACGAUACUAGGCACUGCCGGCUUUGUAGAUACGCGACGGUUCUGUAUUUCCUGAAUGACGUGGAAGAGGGAGGCGAGACAGCGUUCCCUGUCGCCGACAACGAAACAUUCAGCAUUGAGGCAUGGGCAGGCAUUACUAAGUACCGGUGCGAUCUGAGUCGCCACUGCCACAAGGCAAACUUAUACAUCAAGCCUAAGAAACGCUCUGCUAUAAUGUGGUAUAACCACUACACUGACGAGCUGACGGGCUGGUUCGGGGGACUGGACCCAAUGACGUACCAUGGCGGUUGUGACGUCGUCAGGGGACGCAAGUGGAUAGCGAAUAAUUGGAUUAACAUUAUGGGAGCAUCACGCGAACAUAUGUAUCUUCACACGGAUCCCGAGAAGCGAGUGCCUUUAUGAACAAGAGGAGGGAAAAGGACGUAUCCUAUUUAAUCGGAAGCGCGUAGAAAGCGUCGCGUAAACCAGGUGCUAGAAGAAUUGUUCAGGGACGAGACGUAUUACCCUGUGCGCCCGGGGUCCGGUAUAUGCGGUCCACGUACAUGAAUAAAGGAGUGUUUUUGGGGGUAACAUAGGAACAAGAGGAUACAUCCUCCAAAACUAGUACCUAUUUUGAAAUAUAGAGAUAAGACAAUUGACUAAAAAGACACUGUCAUAUCGGUUGCUCAGAACAGGGUACGUGCUUUAUUCAAAUUUAUCAUUUUUCGAAACCAGUUAUCCCUUAUUGAAUUGCUAUAGCCUCUUAGGCGGAUGUCUUGUUACGUGGGAUUUCAUAUGAAUGAGUUCGCCUUGUUA